AUGUCUCAGUCGGGCUGCCCGGCCCUGGAGGACGUCUAUGCGGUCGACACGGAGCGGGUUCAGGUGGUCACUGGGAAGGAGAGCCACGGCCUCGCAGCUGUCUCCAUAGUCGACUACAGGGGCGAGCCGGUGUUCUUCAGCUAUGUCCGCCCCACGAAGCAGAUCGUUGACUACAGGACGAAGUUCUCGGGCAUCCGGCGCGACGACCUCGUGGACGCACCGAGCAUCAACGCAGUCAGGCGGGACGUGAGGAAGAUACUGGGAAGACCCGACGUGGUCAUCGUCGGCCACAGCCUCCAGCACGACCUGGCCGCACUCUUCCUUCGUGUCUCCGCGCGGAGGCUGCGGGACACGGCGCUGUACCCGCCCCUGAUGAGGGUCGACGCCAACAGAUGCGUGCACUCGCGGAAGCUGCGGCAUCUUGCCGCCGACCGCCUCGGGUGGUCGAUCCAGGACGGCGAGCACGACCCCACAGAGGAUGCCCGCGCCGCGAUGAAGCUCUACAUGAAGUACCGCGGGAGCUGGGAGGACAGCAAGCGACGAGGAGCAUUAAGGGACGGCAGCUUCGUUGCUGCGUUGUGCCGAUGGCACCCCCGCUCGAGAAUGUCUUCGCGCUGGACACGGAGCAUUGGCCGCCUCGUGAUGGGUGCAGAGGGGUGCUCACGGCGUUCAGCGUCGUCGACUAUAGAGGCAACGUUUGUUUGGCGUUUCCGUCGCCCUCGGUGA